AUGUCUUCGGUGAUUCUCUUAAGGUUUUUUGUCUUGGAUGUAAACUAUGAUGAAAAAGAUGAAAGAUCGUACUACCAGCAGAUAUUCACGUCGCCGACUAAAAUAGGGGCAGGCUUUUUUGGCGAGGUGUACAAGGCAAGAAACAAACACAACAACACCAUAUACGCAGUAAAAGUUUUUAAAAAGUCAAUACCCACAAUGUUCAUCCACCGAGAAGUAAUGAACAACGAGAAAGUUGGGGUUCACCCCAACUGUGUUAGAUACUUCAUGGCUUGGACUCAAUUUGGAGAGGGGUAUCUGUGUCUUGAAGCUUGCCAAACAAGCCUGACCGCCUUCAUGAAGAAGUAUAGCGUCCCACAAAAUACAUUGUGGGACAUACUAAUGGACAUAACUAAGGCAUUAAAAUAUUUACAUGGCAAAAACUUGGUCCACUUAGACGUUAAAGCGGAUAACAUUUUAGUGAGUGGAACCCAUUUCAAACUCGGUGAUUUUGGCACAUUAUUCGACCGGACAACGCCAGAUAUAUCACAAGAUGAGCUAGCCAAAAAUAAACCUUCGCGGGACAUAAAGGACUUAGGAAGAAUGUUCACCAAAUUGCUCUCUGAUGUUACUUGGUCCUCCCCUACGACAGAGACAGCACACUACACUCCUCCAAGAGUGUCCGGUACUGAAUUAAUGAAGUAUUCUACUACAUUUAGAAGACUGUUGGAGAGGAUGAUAAAUUUUGACGAAACUGCCAGGCCAACAGCGGCGGAAAUACUAGAACUACCCGAAUUGGAAAAAGCGGUUCAGAAAUACGAAAAUAACUUGAGAAACAUUUAUACUCCGGAGAAUUUAGAGGAUCUGGAAACAUUUGUGGUUCCAGCACCACAAUCUGCAGAAUCUCUACCUCGUUGCUCAAAAGACCUGUGA